UUCUGAACUCCUAACUCCUUCUCCCUCUGCCAGCACAGGACCUCAGCUGGAGUUCUGCAGUAGCCCGCAAGGCCCGACCGCAUCGCACGCAUUUCGCCUUUCCACCCAUCGCCAGACACCCCAACGGUGCGGUACCAUGCAUUCUGACUAAGGGACUGUCCAACGGACACUGACCGGUGCGGCUCUACCCAUUGGUAAGCGAAUGCACCCGCCAGGUGGGGGAUUCCGCCGUGCAUGAGGGCCGGGAGGCCGAGGCAAGACGGGGUAGGACGUGUGGCGUGAUGUUUUGUGGGUGCAGAUGUAUCCGUCUGGUGUUCCUGGCGUGUCGUCGAGCACUCUGCUGACCGGUCAUGGGUUUCAGAGCGCAUCGGCGGCUGCUGCCAACCGAGGAGGCCACCGCGGCGGUGCUGUGAUGCGAGGAGGAGGUGUCGCCGACCAUCAGCGGGAGCAUAGCAACCACCCUGACGACCACGACAUGAUCAUGGACCCUGAGGUGAGAGAGGCGACCACACCUCAUCUCUCCACAUCCACAGUGCAGUCCUCUCUCUGCGUGUGGUGUGUGGUGUGUCUUGUGUCAGAUUCACCGUCGCCCCCAGCAGCAGCAGCAGCAGCAGCAUCAGCAGCAGCAGAACCACCGUGUCCGCAACGCCGCUCACCACGCCGUGUACCAGGCCCACACGCACCGCUACGCCACCCGCCGUGUCCAGCAGCAGCAGCCCAACGGCAGCAACCACCCCGGGCACAAUGGCGGUGCAGGUGCAGGUGCGGGUGGGGGUGGUGUGCAAGCGUCGGUUGUGUCGAGUGACGUGAUGAUGUCUGUCGACUCGUCGAUGGAGUCUUCCAUGGCCCAGUCGCAGCAGCAGCAGUCGCUCGCGGGCAUGGUGCAGCGGUCGGCACUGCCGCGCACCAUCCCGGAGGACUGCACGGUGCGCUUCCAGGUCCUCACGCCACACGAGGCGGCUGAGCGGGGAUUCGGUACGCGUACAUCUCUCACCACAGGCAUGACAUCACAGACCACAGGCACACAGCACCUUCCUUGUGUGUGCGUGUGGUUCUUGUCCCUCCCUCCAGGUGGGUAUGCUCACAUCUCGGGGCGCACCUUCACUGCGACGAUCCCUGUGGUGGGUCUGGGCACCCCGUUGCGUGUGUUCGAGGGUCGCCGUGAGUUUAGCCAGUCGGAGCGGCUUCAGCUGCAGCUGUUCGAGGGGCGGCGGGCGGCGAGGGUGCAGCUCCUGCCCGAGUGGGACCGCAAGAAACUCCACGACCCCCAGUACUGCUCAGAAUACGCCAAACAGAUCUACGACGACCUAGUACGGAAAUCGGCCCAGGUGAGAAAGAGCGAGGGAGGGAGGGAGGGAGGGAGGGAAACACACACAUGGGUAUGAGUUGUGAUGUGGUGUGUGGUGUGUCUUGUGUGUCAGUUCCACUUGCGCGCGCGUCACGGCUACUUCGAGGGCGGUUCGCAGCCCGAGGUGAGUUCCGUGAUGCGCACCAUCUUGGUGGACUGGAUGGUCGAGGUGCACAAGCGGUUCAAGCUCAAGCAGGAGACCCUACACAUCGCCAUCACCAUCAUGGACAGAUACUUCGGUAUGUACGCUACGCUAAGCUCUCUCUCCACACACACACACACACACACAUCCCCUCUCCCACACCGCCACCGCCACCGCCACACACCCCUCUCUGUCUGUUUGUGUGUCUGUUGUGUGUGUGUGUGUGUGUGUAGAGUCGAAGGCGUUGCCCCGUGAGCAUCUGCAGCUGUUGGGUGCGUCGUGUCUGCUGAUCGCGGCCAAGUACGAGGAGAUCUUCGCCCCGGAGGUCAACGACGUCGUCUUUGUCGCCGACAACGCAUUCAGCGCACAGCAGCUACGCGACUUCGAAAUGCAACUUCUGGACGUACUCAAGUUCAAACUCACCGUAAACAACCACACACACACACACGCCCCCCUCCCCCCGCCCCUCCCUCACACGUAUCCACAUCUCUCUCUCUCUCUCUGUGGUGCGUGAUGUGUGUGUGUGUGUGUGUGUGUGUUCAGACUCCUAGCGCGUUGACGUUUCUGAAUCGGUAUCGUGUGGUGAUGGGGCUGGAGGACCGGCACUACUACCUGGCCAUGUACUUCACGGAGCUGACGCUGCUCGAUUACAAGAUGCUGCACUGGCCGCCCCACCUCAUCGCCACCGCCGCCAUGUACCUUUCCAAUCGCAUGAACCGCAUGAAGGGCAUCGUAAGCACCUGCACACACCGCCCACACAAAGAGAGAGGGUGGAUGGAUGGAUGUGUGUGUGUGUGUGGAUGGAUGGAUGGAUGCAUCCAGCACCCGUUGAUGCAGCAGAGCGGCCUGAUAGACGACCUGAACGAGUCGGUCAUCAAGGACUGCGCUCGGCAGAUCGUGGCGCUCGUCCAGGAACAGAAUCAACCCACCAAUCCUAACAAGGUGGGCACCCCACACCCACAGCACACACACAUACACACAUACACACAUACAGUGUCCCCAUCAGGCCAUCCGGAGCAAGUUUGGCAAGGAGGAGUACCAGAAGGUCGCGGAGCUGGUCAAGAUCGACUCGAACGCACAGCAGAACAAGGCCAAGCAGCAGCAGCCCCACCACCAUCAGCACCCUCCUGCGCCACCCGCGCCGGCCGCCCAGCAGCCCAACCGACACAACCAGCACCACCACAACGCAUAUGCGCCAUCGUACCACUCCUACGCCGGGGCGGCUGCUGCGGCUGCCGGGGGCCACCAGUACCCCCACCGCAACCACUACGCCCAGUACCCCCACACCACACACGGGGCAGGGGCGGCACACAACCCGGUGAGCCAACACCAGACCCACUCCCCCUCCUCCCUCACCCCUCCCUCCACACACGUCUUCCUCUCUCUCUCUCUCUCUCUGUGUGUGUGCAUCAGGGAGCUAUGCAGGGGGUGGUUGAGGGUGCUGGAGGGGGAGGGGCUGGCGGCCACGCCAAUAGCGGUGCUGGCAAUGGCUGUGGCGGCGGCGGUGGCGGCGGCGGUGGUGGGAGCGGCACCAUGGCAACGUCGGCGUUCCGGAAGCGUCGGCAGGCGACUCAGCUGGACCGUGACAGCAUGGAGGACAGCGACGAGUUUCCCAACCGUGGCAACAAAAACAGGGCCUCACGACCUUGCGCACCCGGCGCAUGAGUGCUCACACACACACAGCACACCCACACCCAGACACCCAGACACUCGUAGAUAGAGAUUCCCACGCACCUUCGAUGGCUGCUGGCUCAGAG